AUAAAGGUUAUGAUUAUGCAACUAGCAAAAUUUAUAGGGUUCUACAUUCUGUGAAAACAUAUUUGUCAUCUACAUGUCUACUACUCAUAUUGCCGUAACAAAAAUAGGCUUGACAACAAAUAUGUUAAUUUCAUAUUUGGUUUAUUCUUUCCUAUAUUUUAGCUUUUAUGAUGUAUCAUUUUUUAAAACGGUUUUUGAAGAAUUAGCAAUUGAUAGCAGAAUUGAGGUUCUUAAAUGUCUAAUAUUUUCCAGAAAUUUAACCAAUUGCUCGCCUUAAAAAAAAAGUCCCAGUAUUAUCUCCAACACAUGGCCAAUAAAGAAAGUCUUUCUAUGCUAUUACCUUUCUAUGUCUCCCUUGUGUGAAUUCAAUUAUGUCCUUUGAUUUGGUGGAUUUCAUUUCUUGGUUUGUGACUAUGGUUUCUAUAGUUAUCUUUUUUUGGUAGGUAUUUCUUUUUCAGAAUUUGAGGGAGGGGAGUGGAACCUCAAAUCAUGUGCAAAAUGAGAAGGAGAAAUUUGAAGAGGUUGUGAGACUGCCAAUUCGCAAAAUUAGACAACGAAGAAUGAAAAUUGCUGAACUAGAACAAGUUAGCUCAAGACCUGAUGUUGUUGAGAAAAAGGAUUACUGAAAGUUUGGGUCAAAGCUAUAUUUUGGAGAGUUGAGUAGAGAAAUUGAAGUUUUGCAGAAGGCAGAAACUAUGAGCUGGAGAUAAGCUUAAUCUGAUUCAGAAGGUUAUAGUAAGUUCUCUAUUAAACUUGAAUUUGAUUAGAUAGAGAAGGAUUUGUUAGUUGGUUAUGGUGUAAUUUUAAGAAAUGUUGGUUAAAAUUUGUAUAGACCUACUGUCAGAAAAACGGUCAUAAAUACUUGUGCUGGCAUCAUUUUUGAGUGAAAAUUGAACCAUUGGAAAAUAGACAAAAUUUAACACGAAAUAGGCUCUGGAAGAACUUAAUUUUGUUAUUCUAUGACUGAGAAAAUUGAGUUAGAAGUUUGAACUGCCGAAGUAAAAAUCUGAACUGUUGUUGUUGGAAUGUUCUGUCAUAUCUCUCUGUUCAUGCACCAGUUUGAAAUGUGACUUAUACCAUUAGAAAGAAGACAGAAAUUAACUUGAAAUAGGCUUUGGAAUUGCUUAAUUCAAUUAUGUUAUGAUGGAGAAAACUGAGUUACAAGUUUCAGUUGUUGAAUAAAAAAUCUGCUCUAAUGUGGUUGGAAUGUUCAUGUUAAAAUAUUCGGUUCACCGCCUGGAUUGAAAUUACAAGGACUGAAGCAUAUGUCUGAAGCUAUGGUUUUAAGAGCAAGAGAGGAGAAGAGGGCUGAAGGGAUAGCAAUGGCAACAGCUUUGAAUUGGAGCAUAAUCUAUUGAGAGUGUUUAGAGUAAGUCAUGGACUUUUCAUGACUGUGAUUUUUAUGAUAUUGAAAUUGCCUUGGAGCUGAUUAUGGCAAAAUUCACAAUGUCGUUGAAGCGCAAGAAGUAACUGAAACCAAAGCAUUAUAAAGAGAGGCCACAGUUAGUAUGACCAGCUAUGCGAGUUCAGAUGCAGCUGUUCCACUUGCAACCAUGGGACAAUUUUCAAUGUAACAGUGCAGUGCCUUACACCAAGAAAAAAACCCAGGGAUCAAGAAUCAAGGGAAACAAAUCUCAUUUAAAGGCUAUGAGUGAAAAUAAUCACGAAAUUACUGUCAAGUCAGAUAGGUCUGAUUGUUCAUGUGUACAGAGUGUUGAAUCUUUGGUGAUGUGGACUCUACCUUAUGACCUGAAGAAGUUGAAACCAUGGCUGCGAGAUUAUAUGAGCGGGUUGUGUUAUGAGGGCUACUUACAUAUCCAGCACAUCAUGGAAGAAGAACAUGAGCACAUUAGUAAAAGAAUUCUCUGGCGGCCAAAAAUGGUAUCACCGAUGGAGCUAGAUGAACUAAGAGCAAUUUUCCUUUAGAAUUUUGACAUUCAUGCCGAGGAUGGUGCUAAAGAAGAGAUGCAUAAGUCUGUCGAAAAAGAAGAAAACAAAACUGCUGAAGAUGCACAACAACCGCCCCUUCUUCAAUCUGAAAAUGAAAGUGUUUUGCAAAGAGAUAGGACUUCAAAGCAAAAUGAUAGGAGCAAUGCCACAGGAUAUCUAGCAAUUGUACCGACGAGAAAACAAGGAGCCUUUGAUUUUCUGAGGAAGCUGUUUUUAAGAAGAAAGAAAGGGAGGAGUAUAGGAAUAAGAUAGUAACAAAAACAUGAUUGAGAAUGGAAAUAAAGUUAAGCUCGGCAGCUAAUAUUCUUUCUAUCAUGUUGCUAUUACAUCGUGUAUAAUACCAUCUAACGAAUAUAUCCAAGACUUAUUUUUUGAAAAUCAUAGCCUCUUAUUAUGUCUGUAUAGGUACCUAUAGCAGAUAAAGAUACCUUGCAUGACAGGCAAGAAAAUUGUUUAAAGGAUGGGAACCAUUGUAACGAAGUUAAUAAAUGGAUUUGGCUCAUAUUUAAAAUUCA